AACUGUUGUGUACUGAUUGUAGGUACUUGUCAAAUCUUAGUAUGUAAGUCAAGGGUACAACACUAUUAGUUUAGUUCACCUUUGUAUUGUACAACCCUAUUAUUUUCAGUUCACUUUUGUACUGGUUCUGCUACAAAGCACAAUAAACGUAUUUACUUAAAUAUGGUAUUUUAAUGGACAUAACAGUGGCGACGAAGGUUAAACAUAUACUAUGGAGCGUAAAUUAGUGAAAUAUCAUGAGUUCAAUGUGAAAAAUGACAAUUGGGACAGUUACAUAGUUCGGCUAAAUUAUUGUUUUGAAGCAAGUGGAAUCAUCGAUGAUUCGCUUAAAAAAGCUAACUUUUUUACUGUUUGUGGUGCUGAGGUGUUUGAGACCGUUCUCGCGCUAAUCACUCCACGGAAAUCUAGCGAUGUGACUUUUGCUGAAGUGACAAACAUUUUGACCAAACAUUAUUCUCCGAAGCCUAAUGAAAUAUCAGUGUCUUACAAAUUCUACAAACGUGAUCAAGCUGCGAAUGAAUCGGCAUCAGAAUAUAUCGCUCAACUGAGGAAAAUUAGUACAGACUGUAAUUUUCCAAACCUGGAACGCAUGUUGCGAGACAGGUUGGUAUGCGGCAUGAGCGAUCGCAAGCUGCAGUACGAGUUGUUAAAGAAGAACGAUUUGCAAUAUCAGGACGUAGUAGACGCCAUGGUGUCAUCAGAGACUGCGGGGAAGGAUGCACGUAUGAUACACGCCAACGAGCAGGCGACAACGUCGUCGCCCAGCGCCGACUUGUCUCUGCCGUCUACGGAGGAACCAAUGGAUGUGAACGCAAUGAAAAUCAGAGCGAACGUUCGUCUCUGCUACCGAUGCGGCGAUCGUCAUGGUGGUGAAUGCCGUUUUGUCAAUGCAGUUUGCCGGUAUUGUAAGAAGAAGGGUCACAUUGAGAAGAUCUGUUCAGCUAAAAAGAAAAAUAACCUAAGCAAAGUGAAUUACGCCAGUGACGAAUCUGAUGCGCAACUGAAUGGAAUCUACAAGGUGACUGGUACACAGUCGCACGUGCCGGCAUACAAACUGCGUGUGUUGCUGGACGGUGUGCCCGCCGAGAUGGAAGUGGACUCUGGUGCCGCGUUCUCAAUCAUCAACGAGCGCACGUGGGACCGCUUGCCGCCGCGCGCCGCGCCGCGACCGUUACACACAAGAUUACGCACGUGGAACGACUCGCGGGUUUUGGUCAUCGGCCAAGCGACAGUUACGGUACAAUAUAAGGACAUUAAGCGCGACUUGACUGUAGUGGUAGCUAAGGGCUCGGGGCCAAAUCUGAUAGGUCGUGAUUGGUUUGAGGCUCUAGAAAUAUCGGUAAGUGUAAAUAAAAUUUUUGAUGUCGAUAUGUCUGUGAUUGAUAAGUUGUUAACGAAAUAUAGGGAGGUGUUCAAGGACGAACUCGGUACAUACCGGGGAAAGCCUGUCUCGAUUCACUUAAAACCGAAUGCACAUCCAAAGUUUUUAAAAGCACGGCCUGUACCGUAUGCUAUUAAAGAUAGGGUUGAAAAAGAAAUUGACCGUUUGGUAGCUGAAAAUGUCUUGAAGCCCGUGUCGUAUUCAGACUGGGCGACCCCGGUUGUACCGAUUAUUAAAAAAACGGAUAUCCGCCUCUGUGGCGAUUACCGAAGCACGGUCAAUCAGGCUACUGAGUCUGACACAUACCCAAUGCCUACUGCUAGUGAGGUUUUCGCAACAGUAUCUGGGGGUAAAUUCUACACUACACUGGAUCUAGACAGAGCAUAUACACAGGUGGUAGUCACGGACGAAACAGCACGACUCUUAACAUUAAACACAUGUAAGGGCUUAUACACAGUACACAGGUUAGCUUUUGGGGUGAAGGCUUGCCCGGGCAUUUUCCAGCGAUUGAUGACGGCAUUGCUAGCCGGAGUACCCGGUGUCGCUGUACUGAUUGAUGACGUCAUCAUCAGUGGACGCACUAUGCCAGAGAUGUCACAACGUCUGGAGAAGGUCCUGCAGCGAAUAGAGACGGCCGGUUUGCGUCUCAAUAUGAGUAAAUGUAAGUUCGCUAAGGAGCGAGUGGAAUUUUUAGGUUUUGUUAUCGACGCCGACGGAAUUCACCCGGCACCAAGUAAAGUGGAGUCGAUACUGAAUACACCAGAACCUAAGAAUGUCCAACAGCUACAAGCUUUUCUAGGCUUGUAUAACUUUUAUGAACGGUUUGUUCCUCAUAAAGCUACUAUCCUUGAGCCUUUACAUAGGUUGCUCGACAGAUCCCAGGAGUGGGUGUGGUCAGAUAGAGAGCAGAGCAGUUUUAAUACUGCUAAGCAUCUUCUAUCUUGUGAUUUAACGCUGGUGCACUAUGAUCUAAAUAAGCCGUUGGUUCUAACCUGUGACAGUUCUGAAUAUGGAGUGGGAGCCGUCUUGUCUCAUGUGAUGGACAACGGACAGGAACGCCCUGUGGCCAUGGGCUCUAGGACACUUCACACGCACGAAAGACGCUACUCCCAACUCGAUAAAGAAGCGACUGCUAUAAUGUUCGGCAUAAGUAAAUUUCACAAUUAUUUAAUGGGUAGGUCAUUUAUGAUAGUAACUGACCAUAAACCGUUACUAGGCAUAUUUGAUCCAAAACGCCCUAUCCCCAAUGUUUUGUCACCUCGUCUGACGAGAAUGGCUUUGAUACUCACUUCCUAUAGUUAUGACAUUACGUACAAGCCAGGGCCACAGAUAGGUCACGCUGACGGGUUAAGUCGCUGGCCACAGCCUGUCCCUGAACAACCGGAGCCAAUGAUGGCUGAUAUAUUACUUAUGGCUGAAGCUCCUGAAGAUUUUCCUGUUGACGUGGACACAUUAGCACACGCCACAAAACGUGACAAAGUCCUCAACCGGGUCAGUCAUCACAUUCUGUGUGGCUGGCCAGCUAAAGAAUCAGACAAUCAGCUACGUCCAUACUGGUUGCAUCGUACUGAGCUGUCAUUGCAUGAGGAUUGUGUUCUGUUAGGUUGUCGUGUGGUGGUACCAUCAUCACUACGAGAACCUGUGCUGCGUGCUUUACAUAAAGCUCACAGUGGUAUUGUUCAAACAAAAGCACUGGCAAGAAGUUAUGUCUGGUGGCCACAGCUGAACAAUGACAUUGAGUCGUUAGUAAAAAAUUGCAAUAAGUGUUUAGAAAGCAGGCAUAUGCCACCUAAGACCACAUACGAGUGGAUCUUGCCAACAAAACCUUGGUCUAGGUUGAACAUUGAUUUCGCAGGGCCUUACCAAAAUAAAACGUUUCUUAUAAUUGUUGAUGCAUAUUCUAAGUGGCCUGAGGUAUUUAUUGUUAACAAUAUGACUUCAGCUACUGUAAUUAGGUAUUUAAGAAUUAUUUUUUCUAUUCACGGCCUGUGUAAAACCUUGGUUUCUGAUAAUGGUACAGCUUUUGUUUCGACUGAGAUGAAACAAUUCUUAGAGGCUAAUAAAAUUAAACAUAUUAAGUCGGCUCCUUUUCACCCCGCUACUAAUGGGCUGGCAGAACGAAUGGUGCAAACGGUGAAGGAUAAACUUCGUAAAAUGGAUGGUAUGUCCUGGGAUAUUAAAAUUCCGAACAUGCUUUUAGGACUUAGAGCUUCACCAUGUACAACUACUAACAAGAGCCCAGCAGAGCUUUUGUUUAAUAGAAGAAUUCGAACAUUAUUAGACUCUAUUAAUCCACUGGAUAAACAACAGAAAACUCGGGAAAAUCAAGUGGAGCGGAAUAUUAAUAAGAAAAACAGACAGACAGACAUAGGAGAAAAGGUUAUGUACAGAAACUUUAGUAGUGGACCACGUUGGUUACCAGGUACAGUCAUUAACAAAGAAGGUCCAUCCAGUUAUCGGGUCAAAACUAAGGAGGGAACUGUAGUCAACAGACACAUAGACCAAUUGAUUAAACAGCAUUCACAACACACAGAUACAGAACAAGAAAAUGAGGAAUUAGAUAGGAAUAGGGAAACGGUAAUGGUGGAACAAACUAAUGGGGAAGGACAAGAUCAGGCUAUGGGAGAAAUACCAUCUAGUCAGGAUAGUGACCAAAUUAUAGAAAUACCAAGUUCAGAUAAAUGGGCUGAAAUGUUAGGGAUACCUAGAGAGUCUGAGGUUGAGUUUGCUGGUGGGAAGAUUAAAACUAAAAUAAUAUCUGCUCAACAUGGUAAGACUCCAUAUACAAGACCGACUAACGGUUGUAACUAUUUGCUGUAAGUGUAGUGUACUUUAAGAUGUUUCCAAUUGUUAAUUUAAUGAUUAUACACAUUAUAUAGCUGUAGUGAAUAGAUAUAUAAGCUAAUGUAUAAGUUUAUAAUAAGUUUAAUUGAUGUGACUGAUUAAGUAAAGGUGUUAGUUUAAGUAUUGUUAUGUAUAUCUUUUGUUUGUGUAAUUUACAUACUUGGGGGAAAGGUAUGUUGUGUACUGAUUGUAGGUACUUGUCAAAUCUUAGUAUGUAAGUCAAGGGUACAACACUAUUAGUUUAGUUCACCUUUGUAUUGUACAACCCUAUUAUUUUCAGUUCACUCUUGUACUGGUUCUGCUACAAAGCACAAUAAACGUAUUUACUUAAAUAUGGUAUUUUAAUGGACAUAACAAGA